AUUAGGACAGGGAAAUCACACAGAAUCCAAAAAAUAUAACUCCAAAAAGCCUUUCUGUUCAUCCAAAGUAAAGGAAUCAUCAUCAUCAUCAUCAUCAAAUUGAUCAUUUAUCAUCAACAUGAGUCAGUGUAUAGUACCCAAAUGGAAUCUUAGACACCAAAGACAAGAACUAGUCGAAGGAGAAGAGAGUAUCAGAUCCUCUCACGUGUACCCCCACAGCCAUAGCCACAGCCACAGCCACAGCCAUAACCUGCAGAAUCCCACUACCCACCUUGUCCCCAUGCCAAAUCAUGAGAUUGCAGAGCUAACAUGGGAGAAUGGACAAAUAGCCAUGCAUGGGCUUGGUGGGUUCGUUCAUCCUAGCCAGACAAAGGCCACAUGGGGUAGGACCAACGAAACCUUAGAGUCUAUAGUCCAUCAAGCCACAUGCCACAACCAAAAUCUGAACUCGAAUCAACAAGGGGAGAAGCAAAGUCAUCAGCCAACGAUAGCCUCUAGUACUGUCGCAUCAUCGGACGGAAAAUGGGCCGAAACUUCCUCUGGCCACCAGGCAGGGAUGGCCCCGUUAUUAAUGAAGAAGCGUACUAGAUCAGAAUCAAAUCAAUGUGCAAGAAGUUUUAAUGGUAGCACCAGAGAGGAACACAUGGACCUUAGUGCAUGUGCCAGUGCUAGUGCCACAUUUUGUAGGGAAAGUGACACUACCAUGAUGACUUGGGCUUCUUUUGAAUCACCUCCUCCAAGCUUGAAAGCAAAAACCACAGACGAAGAUUCAGCUUCUCAUGGCGGAUCGGAAAAUCAAGAUGAAGAUAGAGAGACCAAAACUGAAACUGUCAGAUCUCAUUCAAGCAGAAGAACUCGAGCUGCUGCUGUUCACAAUCAGUCUGAGCGGAGACGAAGGGACAGGAUCAAUCAAAAGAUGAAAGCUCUACAGAAAUUGGUUCCCAAUGCAAGUAAGACUGACAAAGCUUCAAUGUUGGAUGAAGUGAUAGAGUACUUAAAACAACUUCAGGCGCAAGUACAAGCUAUGAGUGUAAGAAACAUGCCCCAGAUGAUGAUGCCAUUAGGGAUGCAACAACAGCUUCAAAUGUCUCUCCUAGCACGUAUGGGAAUGGGAGUUAGUCUAGGGAUGGGAAUGGGGAUGUUGGACAUGAGCAACAUGGCACAUAGUGCACCCCAGUCUCUCCCUCCAUUCAUCCACCCAACACAGGCCGCGGCCUCCGCCCCUACAUUUGUUCCUCCUCCCUUUGUAGUUCCUUCUAUGAUCCCAGCACACGGUUCAGCACCACCAGCAAGUCAUGACCCUGCCACCAAUAACUCAGUCCCAUUGCCUGAUCCAUAUUGCAGUUUGUUAGCACAAUCUAUGAACAUGGAUAUUUACAACAAGAUGGCAGCACUCUACAGGCAACAAGUGAAUCAGACGACACAAGCAGGAAGCACCUCGUCCCAAUCGAACCAUGUGCAAGGAGAUAGAUUAACAAGUUAAAGUGGAAGAGCAUGCAUAAAAGCUAUAAAGAUAGUGUAAUUCAGCUAAAAAUUAAUGCAACUGUUUUGGAAACAUUUCUUGUAUUUAAUUUGUAACCAAUUAAAGAUCCGGUGUAUGAUAACACUUUUUUUUUAUUAUUAUUUCUUUUCCUUGGAACA